GUAAAGAAGGAAAGUUGAUGGAGGCAAAAGUUGUGUUGGUGAAAAUGAGGGAAGCAGGUUUUGAGCCUGAUAUUGUGGUUUAUAACAAUUUGCUUAAUGGAUAUUCAGUGGCAGGUAAAAUGGUGGAUGCUUUCCAUCUUUUGCAAGAGAUGAGAAGGACUGGUUGCGAGCCAAAUGCAACUUCAUAUACCAUUAUGAUUCAGGCACUUUGUGCUCGAGAAAAGAUGGAAGAGGCGAUUAGAGUAUUUAUGGAUAUGGAGGGCAAUGGGUGUGAAGCUGAUAUUGUUACAUACACCACUUUGAUCAGUGGGUUUUGUAAAUCGGCUCAUGAGAAGAAGGAAGAGCUGGAGGAGUGCCUGGAUCUUAUGAAGGAGAUGAGGAAGAUUAGCGUGUUGCCCGACUCAAGCAUAUACAACACAGUAAUUCGUCUGGCAUGCAAAUUGGGUGAGACUGAAGAUGGUAUGAGACUCAUGAAUGAGUUAGAAGCAAAUGGCAUCAGCCCAGGUGUUGAAACCUUUGUCAUCAUGGUUAAUGGGCUUGUUGAGAAUGAUUGUUUGGUAGAAGCUUGUGAUUACUUCAAUGAAAUGGUAGGAAGAGGCCUUCUAGCUGCUCCACAGUAUGGAAUUCUGAAGGACUUGUUGAAUUCUCUGUUAAGGGCAGAUAAGCUUCAAUUGGCUAAAGAUGUCUGGAGUUGCAUAAUAGCUAAAGGUUGUGAGCUUAAUGUGUAUGCAUGGACAAUCUGGAUUCGUGCUCUCUUCUCAAAUGGGCAUGUGAAGGAUGCUUGCUCUUACUGUUUGGAUAUGAUGGAUGCUGGGGUAAUGCCUCAGCCAGAUACAUUCGCUAAGCUCAUGCAAGGUCUACGGAAGCUGUACAAUAGACAAAUUGUAGAGAUUACAGAGAAGGUAAGGAAAAUGGCGGCAGCGAGACAGAUGACCUUCAAGAUGUACAAAAGACGCGGUGAGAGAGACUUGAAAGAGAAAGCUAAAGCAAAGAAGGAUGGGAGAAAGAGGGGAGCCCCUCGGCGCCAGUGGGGAAGUAGAAAUAGGAAGGCCGAUGCCUUUUGAUUUGAGCAGAGGGCAUUGCUGCAAGCUGGAUCAUUUAUAGCGGCACCAUCCAUCAUAGAAAUGGGAGUUUGGUAAGUUCAUUUGAAACGAAAAAACAAUUCUUCUCUAUGUUUUUAAUGUGUUAAUUAGUUUAAUGAUGUUUUUCUAACGAGAUGUUUGAUCCAUAUAGUUCACUUGUAUUAAGAAAUUCCUUUUUCCAGUACCUCCUAUUUGAUCAUUCUCGUAAUGAUUCGUUUGAGAAUAUUCUGUUUUGAUUUGUUUGGGCAUUUUAUUGAGUCAUCUCACAUUAGUUGUAGGAAAUACAUGAUAGGUCUAUAGGAUGUAGUUAAUAAGUGGAAGGUAGGGGUUUAGUGUAAAUAACUUGGUCCUAUUGACCACAUUGGGCUAAGUCAUGC